AUGCCGCGCCUCGCCCGGCGUCUCGCCGCGCGCCUCGCAUCGACGGCCGCGACCGCGCGCUACGCCUCGGCCGCGCGUCCGUACGCCGUCUUGGGCGGACGCGCGGCGUUGGCGAGACAGAAAGCGUCGACGAGCGGACGGAACGAAGGAAAGGAACAGAGACGGUUCGGCACGCUCGCGCGGGGCGCGCUGUUCGUCGCCGCGAGCGCGUACGUGUUCACGAGCGGUGGACCGUUCGGGGCGAGCGAUGCGGAGGACGAACACGGGGUGGCGACGACGAGCGAGACGAUGGAAAAUUGGAGCGGGACGAAGACGGUGACGUGCGAACGCGUGCGGGCGCCGGAGACGAUCGAGGAGCUGGAGAAGGUGGUCAAGGCUGGGAAACGAGGAAAAUUACGAGUGGUGGGGAGCGCGCUGAGUCCGAAUGGAUGCGCGUUCGAGGAGCGAGGUAUGGUAUCCAUGGGGUUGUUGGACGGCGUCGUGGCCGUGGACGCGGAGACCAAGCGGGCGACGAUUCGAGCGGGCGCGCGCGUGCGAGAGGUCGUGGAGACGCUUCGUCCGCACGGGUUGACUUUACAGAAUUACGCGAGCAUUCGUGAGCAGCAGAUGGGUGGGUUCACGCAGGUCGGCGCGCACGGAACUGGAGCCAGGAUACCUCCGGUGGACGAGACAGUGGUGGAGAUGAAGCUCGUGACCCCGUCGCGAGGGACGAUCACACUCUCGGCGGAGAAGGAGCCGGAGCUGUUUAAGCUGGCAAAGUGCGGGAUCGGCGCCCUGGGGGCCGUGGCCGAGCUCACGAUUCAAUGCGUGGACGCGCACAAGCUCGUGGAACAGACGUGGACGGCGACGCCGGAUGAGAUUGAAACCAACCACGAGCGUUGGAUUCGAGAGUACCAACACAUUCGUUACAUGUGGAUCCCGUACACCGAUACCGUGGUCGUGGUGGCGAGUAAUCCGUUGAAACCGAACGAAAAGGAACCGCGCACGAGAUCGGCGUACUCGGAGAAGAAGAAAGUGGAGCCGCUCGUACGUUUGCUCAGGCAAGUGGCUCCUGGGGUCGAUCCCGAGGGCAUGGGCUUCGGACAGCUUCGAGACGAGCUUUUAAAGGUAAAUCCUCUCGAUGUUGAGCACGUCAAGCGCGUCAACGCCGCGGAGGCGGAGUUUUGGAAGCGAAGCGCGGGCACUCGCGUGGACUGGAGUGAUCAAAUAUUAGGAUUUGAUUGCGGCGGACAGCAACACGUGCUCGAGGUCGCGUUUCCGGCUGGCAAUCUCGCGGAAGAACCACCCGCCGCGGGCGCGCCGCUUCGAUCGGAUCUGCAGUUCAUGCGCGAACUUCGUAAAAUGAUAGAGGAUGACGAGAUCCCGGCGCACGCGCCGAUCGAGCAGCGCUGGACGAGCGGGAGUUCAUCGCCGAUGUCUCCCGCGGCGGGCGCGCCCGACUCUCUUCACUCCUGGGUCGGUAUCAUAAUGUACCUUCCCACGGCCGACGAGAAGGAGCGCGACGCCAUCACGCGCGCGUUCAGGGCGUACGGCGAGAAGGAGUUCGACGCGCUCGGCGACGCGUACGCCCUUCGCGCGCACUGGGCCAAGAUCGAGGUUCCCGAGGACCCAGCGCGUCUCGCCCGCGAUAAAGCGAGACUUCGCGAGCACUACCCCGUGAAGGAGUUCAACGCCGCGCGUCGCUACCUCGACCCACACGGCGCUUUCACCAACGCCCUCGUCGCCGCCCUCUUCGGGUGA